CGUGCUGUCUGUCGGGAUGGCGGCCGUGACCUCUCCGCUGCGCGCGUGUCGCGGUCUACUGAAGGAGCUCCGGAUCGCCAAGGGCUCCGGUUACAGAAACACUCUGGCUUAUAAACAUGUGCUGGAGCAGUUCAGGAGGAACCAGGUAACGGAGCGCUCUGCGGAUCAUGACACCGAUCACGCUCUUCACGCGGCGCGCACGUAUCUCUGCCUGCUGACGUCCACGCGCCUGCACCUGCGUCUGCACGAGCGCUACCACGCCCGCGGCGAGCGCACACCUGAGCAGGUGGCGGGACUCGUGGGGCUCCGGCUCCCAACGCAACCGGGCGGCAAAGGCUGGGAGACCUGAAGACGACACGAGUGUGUGUGUGU